AUGGCUGAACCCCAACUGGAUGUGAAGAAGCCCUCAGGCGAAUAUAAACAAGGAAGCUCAAAUCAACAAUCGCCAACUGACCCAGGUGAUCAUGCCAAACCUGAUGACACCUACCUAGAGCUGGUACUUAAAAUCAGAAUUCAGAGCCACAAAGAAAAUGACUUCAUUGAAGUUGAACUGGAUAGACAAGAGCUGAGUUACCAAAAUCUACUGAAAGUAAGCUGCUGUGAACUGGGGAUUAACCCAGAGCAAGUAGAGAAGAUCAGAAAGCUACCAAACACAUUGCUCAGAAAGGACAAAGACAUUCAAAGACUACAGGACUUUCAGGAAGUAGAACUCAUUUUAAUGAAAGAUGGAAGCUCUGAACUGACAGAAUAUACACCAUCUCUGUUAGAGAAGCCCUGCUACAACAGCAAUGCUGCAAAAAUGACGUAUUAA